UUGAUUGAGGAGCAAACAGAAGGCCAUAUUUAACGCUUCCCAAAUUUAGCAGAGCCUCUCUCUGUCUCUGUCUCUCUCGCCGUUAAAUAGAGCCCCAAUCCAACCCGAAACCUUCCUGAUAAGCACUCUUCGUCCUCCUCCUCUUCGGUAAUUCAGACAUGGCGAAGCCUCCUCCGUUGCCUCCCCGCCCCGUCUUCUUCUUCCUCAUUUCCUCUGUCCUCCUCCACCACUUCGCCGCCGUGGACUCCUUCGGCGUCAACUUCGGAACCGUCGCCAACAACCUCCCGCCGGCGGAGCAGGUGGCGCAGUUCAUCAAGGAAAAGACGAUCAUCGACCGGGUCAAGAUCUUCGACAUGAACCCCGACAUAAUACGGGCCUUCGCCGGCACCGACAUUCUGGUCUGCAUCACCGUCCCCAACGGGGACAUCCCCGCCCUCGCAAACACCCGGUUCGCCCGCCGGUGGGUCACCAACAACGUCAAGCCCUUUUACCCGCAGACCAAGAUCCACUUGCUCUUGGUCGGAAACGAGGUUCUCCACUGGGGCGACCAGAACAUGGUUUCGAAUCUCGUCCCGGCCAUGAAAUCUCUCAACAACGCUCUCCGGCGAUCGGGGCUCGGAGAUAUUAAGGUCUCGACGCCGCAUUCUCUGGGCAUUUUGUUGAGCUCAGAUCCGCCCAGCUCGGCAAUGUUCCGUCCCGGAUGGGACCGUAACGUUCUGGCUCCGAUGCUCGAGUUCCACCGCCAGACUCACUCUCCGUUCAUGGUGAACCCAUAUCCGUACUUCUCGUGGAGCCCUCAGAACAACGACUUCUCUCUCUUCCACCGGAACCCGGGGAAGCUCGACCCCGUCACCGGGAAAAAGUACUUCAACGUGUACGACCUGCUUCUGGACGCGGUGCACAUGUCGAUGAAGAAAAUGGGUUUCGCCGACGUAGAGAUCGCCGUCGGGGAGGUGGGGUGGCCGUCGAAGGGCGACCCGGGGAUGUUCCACUGCACCGUCGAGAACGCUCGGUGGCACAACCUAAAUAUCCUCUACAAAGCCAAGUCCGGCGUGGGGACGCCGUUGAUGCCCGGCCGAAAGUUCGAGACCUACAUUUUCGCGCUUUUCAACGAGAACCUGAAGCCCGGGUCGGAGGCCGAGAGGAAUUUCGGGUUGUUCCGGCCGGACUUUUCUUCGGUCUAUGAUAUCGGCAUCUUGCGAGAUGGAAAGGCUGGCGGCAGCGCAGGUGGAGCCCAACCAAAUGCAACAGCCGGAGGUGGAAGUGGAAGUGGAAGCGGGGCGCCGGCACCGGAAGGCGGCUCCGGGAAGCAGUGGUGCGUGGCGAAGGCGGACGCCAGCGACGCGGCUUUGCAGAACAACAUCGACUGGCUGUGCAGCACUAACCAGGUGGACUGCAGCGCGGUGCAGGGCAGCGGGCGGUGCUUCCUGCCGAACAGCGUCCGCUCCCACGCCGCCUAUCUCAUGAACGCUUACUACCAGGCCAAGGGCCGCCAGGACUUCAACUGCCACUUCGACGGCACCGGCGUCGUCACCACCAAAGACCCCAGUUAUGGUGAGUGUUUAUAUGAAGUUUGAGACGAUCAGAGUGGGAUUGAAACGGCGGCCAUGCAGGCAGGGCAGCUGCAUAUGUACGUGGCAAUGAGCAGCUGAUUAUUUGAUUCAAUUUCUUGUGCAAAUUUUUGGGGUUUAUAUAUAUGCGCAUGUCAGUCUGUCGCUCUGCAUCUAUCUGUCUUCGUAGGAUUAGUGCAAACAUUUGGAGAUUAGCAUAUGAUUAAGCUAUAAGCUGGUUAUAUUGUCUAUCUCAUACCUGUCAAUUAUGGUAUGUAUGGAACAUAAACAUGCUUGUCAAUUAUAUGUAUCGUCGACAAUCUUUUGGUCGUACAUGACAUGACCCAUUGUUUUCCA